CACAGUACCAAUUCAAAACUAGUUUCUUACACUAUACACAUAGUGCCGCUCUUGGCACCGGAGACAAAAAUAAAAUGGAACAACAUCAUCACUGCUCUCUCCUCCACCACCACCACCACCACCACCACCACCAUCUCUAUCCCCACACUCCUUCUCUCUGCUCUCCUCCUCCUCACAACCACCAUCACCACCACCACCAUGUCGUACCGUCAUGUGGUUCACACAAUCAUUUUUUACAAAACCCCAAUUCUAAUUUUUGCCAUCACCUAAUAAUCAUCCCACCUCCCCAAAUCCCUCAAACUCUACUUCCGCUCCCGUUCCGCAACAAUCCCAAUCACGUCUUUUCUGGGUUUCAACCACCUCACACUUCCCACAAUUCUCAAAAUUUUCAGGGCAAUGGCAUUGAUGAAUCUGAAGACGUAGAAGAUGAAGAACCAAUUUUUGUUAUGACAGAUGAAUGGAGCGAGUUCUUUGCAAAAUCUGAAGCCAGGAGGAGAGAAGCUAAGAAAUUAGCCAAGAAACAGGGGAAGACCUGAAAAGAUCUUGGGAGGCAACCACAGUUUUAGCCUAUAUCCUUUCUUUCCAAACCGUGCUCCAAGUUGCAAGACAAUAUCAUAUUGAUGGGCAACUGUAUUUGAACUGGUAGUUUAUCUUCUGUGAUGCUGAGGAAGAAUAAGAUGAUUUCAAUCUUUCAACAUUGCAACGAUUCUUCUUGUAAAUCUUGACUGGUAUGUGAUUGUGGAUUAUAGGCUAGAAUGGAUGUUCAAAUGAGCGUCAAGUUUUAGUGGAUCAAUUUUGCAAGUUGCACAUUAUUGUAAUAAACGUGAAAUUUUGCAAGGUUCCAUGAAGCAAUGGCAAUAGAAAUCUUAGAUUUGACUCUUUUUUAA